CACACUCACACAAGCAUAUAAGAAACAAUGACCAAUACCAAAGACAAAAAAGAGGAAGAAAAAAAGCAGCAAAUCCACAUUCCAAUCAGCUAUACUCUCUAAUGGCGACUCCAGUUAAAGUUUACGGACCACCCAUGUCCACUGCUCUCUCAAGGGUUUUAGCCUGUCUUCAUGAGAAAGAUGUCGAAUUUCAGCUCAUUCCAAUCAACAUGUCCAAAGGCGACCACAAGAAGCCUGAGUUCCUCAAGAUCCAGCCCUUUGGCCAAGUCCCGGCUUUUCAAGACGAGAGCAUUACCCUUUUCGAAUCCAGAUCCAUAUGCCGUUACAUCUGCGAGAAGCAUGCGGAGAAGGGAAACAAGAGACUGUACGGAACAAACCCAUUGGAAAAAGCCUCCAUAGAUCAGUGGAUAGAAGCAGAAGGGCAAAGCUUCAACCCACCAAGCUCUACGCUCGUGUUUCAGCUUGCGUUCGCACCGAGAAUGAAGCUGAAGCAAGAUCCUAAAGCGAUAAAGCAGAACGAAGAUAAGCUCCAGAAGGUUCUAGAAGUGUAUGAGAAGAGGCUCGGCGAGAGCCGGUUCUUGGCCGGCGACGAAUUCUCGCUGGCGGAUCUGUCCCACUUGCCCAAUACCCAGUACUUGGUGACGGCGGCUAAUAGGGCAGAGAUAUUUACUUCCAAGCAGAAUGUGGGAAGAUGGUGGGAUGAGAUUUCGAGCAGAGAUUCGUGGAAGAAGGUCGUUGAGAUGCAAAAGAGUUCUUGAACUGAAAAAGUUGGUUUUGUUUGGAAGUUACUUUUUUUGGGUUUUGUUAUGUUUUUUUUUUUUUUUUAAUAAAUUGAUGAGCUGCCUAGACUCUAGACUCUAGAGUGAUAGUCUAUCUUGCGCUUUGUGGAUGAUUUCUUCUGGGAGAUCCUCGUACAACUGUUAUUUGAUAUGCCUAGACUCUAGAGUGAUAGUCUAUCUUGCGCUUUGUGGAGGAUUUCUUUUGGGAGAUCCUCGUACAACUGUUAUUUGAUAUUUUAUUUUAUUUUUAUUUUCUUGCUGA